ACUAUGAAGCCUGUUAGGCUAUUUCUUACAGCUGUUACAGUAAUAUUCAUAAAAGCGAUGUGAUGUCACGUUCACGCCUUAUCCUUUCCUCAUACGGAGACACAGGAGAUGUGAUCAUAUAGAACAAAACAAAAGGUUAAAUGUAACAUGCCAGAGUUAAAUCCCCCAGCGCUCCUUUCAGCACUGUGGACAGCGCCACUCGGCCAGACGAGCCUAAACACUUAAUGUCAUUCGCACUGUUUAAUUCAACUCUAUGCGCAGCAAACUUCCUUGUUGAAUAGAAAAUAAUGACAACAUACAACAGCACAACGUGCUGUCAUCAUAAAAGUAACCAGCCUACAGUAGAUGCCUACUUGUCAGAAUAAGAAAACAGUCUGCUUUGACUUUGACUACUGUCUUCUUUCUCUGCUUUCCUGUGGAGGGGUCAUCCGCGGCGUGUGGCCCCUCUUUUACCCACAUCUCUGCAAAUUUCCAGGCAGUGAGGGAGGCAACCUCUGGUCCAUUUACUGCGUCAUCACGUAGCCCCUGGUCCAUUUACUGCGUCAUCACGUAGCCCCUGGUUCAGUUACCGGGUCAUCUCGUAGCCUAGACGCCGUGUCAUCUCUUUUUAAAAAAGGAACCAGAUGUCCAGAUUUGCUUUUGGGAGGAAUUUUCACCAACAGUAAUAAAGUUGUGUAAUUAAACAGCAUGUCUGAGCCACAAUCACAAAUUAGCUAACUCCUAACACCUGAAAUUAAAUAUAACAUCAAUUGAUCUCAGUUUUGUCCAGUGAGGUCAUUUUCAAUUCUGUGACAUUUGAAAGGUUUAAACAGGUAUAAAUACUAAGUGCUUCAGAUUCUCCACUUCAUGGACUCCAUUAUUGCUGCUGCUGGGCUGCUGCUAGUCAACAAAGCAUACAGUUUGAAGUUGAGGGCUACCAAAUCAUCAGGCCUCGCAGAUGACCGUUAUGUUAGGGAACAGUAUGGGAAGACGUACAGGUGGAUGUUGCAUGGAGACACUCGGUCACUAGAGUUCACCCCCAAAGACAACUCAGAGGUGACAGUCUUGUGGACACGUCAUGUUGAGAGGGGGACGGAUCCCAAGUUUCCACCCACAAGCCACAAGACGCGGAAGGGGAUAGUAGGUGUACAGUGGGGGGUUAUAUGUUGCUACUAUGAGCAGAGUUAUUUAACCCAGGAAGACAGUGGCCUCUACACAAUGAGAGACAAAGAUAAGAAACUGCUGCAUACUGUGACCAUUGAGGUAAUAGCAAACACAAGGUCCUAUAAACGGAGUCCUGGAGAAAGCCUCAGUUUCACUUUUGAUCUGAAACCGAACUCCUGCAACAUUUACUUCAUCCCAGAAAGUGACCUCAAACUGAAAAGGUUUGAGUCUGAGAUAGUUCGUCAAGGCAGGCUAGAGAGGAAGGGCUCGGAUGAAGUUGAUUGUGUUGGGUUUCAGCUGUCAAAGCCAUGUGGGAUUUUGAUUGAGAGUCUCCAAAUGUCAUGUGGUGGAUGCUUCGAGGUCAGAGAUCAAAGUGACAACAAGGCCUUGGUGGUGUCACUGGAAAUGAAGCGUAGGGUAAACCAUAAGACGACCACUGAAGCACAAGGGUCUCGUGACCCUGAACUUCGCUUUGGCGGUGGUGUUUUUUUGUUUUUGUUGGUUACCUGUGGUACCGUGUGGGCCUGCUGCUCUGAGAAGAGGUCCUCCAAAGAGGAUCAUUCUGAGACUGAAGCUGCUGCUGCAUCUGCACCUGAGGAUGAGCCUGUUGGACCGAGGUCAGAUGAAUUGAGUCAGCCCUCUGGGAGACACUACCCUGCUCAGCCUUCUCAUACUCCGACUGGUCCGCUGGUACACGAUCCUACUGACAAUGUGCCACCUUCUUAUUCUGAGGUUGUGGCUUCAGCAGAGCAGGCAGUUGUUCCAUCUGCCCCCUUCUACUCUGACGUUGAGCCGCGGUUUGAGCUGAAGGGGAUGACCUUUCCCUCAGACUCAGCCAAUGUUUAUACCUCAGACAAACUCAACUUCCUCUGAAGGCCUUAAUUUGGAUGGGUAUCCUUGUAAUAUUUGGUGCUUGCAUCUACAAAAAUAUGAAAUGCACCAGUUGCCUUUUCGCCCUGCAUGUAUCCACUGGAGAGUGGCAACAACGCCUUAACACCGCUGCACUGCAAUCAGUUAACGUAAUUGUGUCAAUACAUUUUUUGUUAUUACACUUUUAUUUUUACACACAAGCAGUAAACUGAUUACAGUUGCAAUGUGCCAAUUUUGCAUGUGUCUCCAUUUUAUCAAUCACUCUCACAUGUACACUUCCUUCUUUUUGGAGCUUUAAUGAUUAUUUAUUAAGUAGAUGUUUUUAAUAUAUUUGUUUUAAUGUUUUGGAACUCAUGUCAGAGUUUAUGACUGUUGUGUAAAUAAGGAGUUUAGUUGGUUUUCUGUUGAAACACUAACAAACCUUUAUCAUUUUUAUUAGUCAGAUAAAACAGGAAAGGAGGAGGGAUUGCAGCCAUUUUCUCUACAUAGUUUGUGUGUAAUGACAUUGACCUGAGUGAAUUUACAUCAUUCGAAUAUCUUGCUCUUGAGGUCAAAGCAGGAUAAUCAGUACUCAUUAUUACAUUAUAUCGGCCACCAAGAUAUUCAUCAAUAUUUCUACAGGAAUUCUGAGAGCUGAUCUCACUUAGUAUCGAUAGACAUGAUCGGUUAAUCCUGAAUGGAGACCUGAAUAUUCAUAUUAAUAAAAAAGAAUGACUCCAAAGCUGUGGAGCUUGUAAAUUUACUGAACAGCUUUGAACUCACCUAACAUGUAAAUAAAGCCACUCAUCAGCAUGGUAACACUCUAGACUUAGUAAUAACAACAGGUUUAAACAUUGAUAGUGUUUCAGUAUUACCUCUUUCUGACCAUCACUGUGUGUUUUUUUAUGCUAACCUAACCUUAACAAAGACUAAAAGGGAACUUUUGGUUCAAAAGAGAUUCCUAGAUGACAAGGCUGAAACAAUGUUUUCUAAUAUUAUGAGAUCAUUUGACUCAUUCAGUGAAGACUGCUCUUUAAAUGACAUGGUUGAAUAUUUUAACAAUACCUUGUCAUCUGCUUUAAAACUGCUGCUCCACUAAAGGUUAAAAAGGGGUCGACUGACAGAAUCUCCCCAUUGCUAAACAAUGUGUUGAUGAGAUCAAGAGAAUCUGUUGGGCAGCUGAAAGAAAAUGGAGGAAAACUAGACACACAGGUCACUGUAAUAUAUACAAAGAAGCCAUGAGUGCCUAUAACAAAGUAAUAUGUCUGGCAAGAAAAGAUUACUUUUCCAAGAUCAUUACAAAGGAUGCUGGGAACUCUAUAAUAUUAUUCUCCACUGUUGACCAACCACUCAACACUGCCUCCGACCCCCCACAGUUCUCUCCAUCAAAAUGUGAAGAACUCGCAUUGUCCUUUAAUAACAAAAUAACCUCAAUUAGAGACAGUAUUGCUGCUGAUGUGAACACAGAUGAUCUCAGUAAAUCCUGUAAAAAUGAUGUAACCAUGGGAAAAUUCACCUGUAUUACACUAACUGAGUCUAGCAAGGUUGUCACUGAAUAUAACUCCUCCACCUCAUGUAUUGACCCUGUACCUACAGCUUUUUAAAAGCGGGUGUUCAACAGUGUUUCAAGUCAUGUCCUAAAAAUUAUAAAUACAUCUCUUCAAACAGGAAUCUUCCAAGAUGCCCUUAAAACAGCUGUUGUAAAAUCCUUACUACAGAAACCAAACCUAGAUGGUAUUACACUGACCAGUUAUAGGCCAAUACCCAACCUUACCUUCAUCAGUAAGAUACUUGAAAAGAUAGUUUCUGUGAAAAUAAACUCCUUUCUUAAAGAAAUCAGUAUCCUGGAGGAAUUUCAGCCAGGCUUUACAACAUACCACAGCACUGAAACUGUUCUUACUAAAAUAAUAAAAAAUAACAGCGACCUCAGACUAAACUCUGUCUCAGUUCUUAUCCUCUUAGACCUAAGCGCAGCAUUUGAUACGAUUGACCAUGAUAUCCUAAUUAAUCGUCUUGAAAUGUGGGUUGGUCUUUCUGACCUUGUGUUAAACAGGUUCAAAACAUACAUCAAAGGGAGAAAGUUUUAUGUCAGUCUUGGAGAUCAUGUGUCUGAGGAACAUGACAUUUGCUUUGGGGUUGCACAAGGGAGCUGCGGUAGUCCAUUAUUAUUCUCGCUAUACAUGCUUCCAUUUGGUGACAUCAUCAGAGGGCAAAAUGUAUGUUACCAUAGUUAUACAGAUGACACGCAACUGUACAUCUUUGCUGAACCAAAUGAUGCUGCAGCUAUAAACUCCAUGACUACCUGUCUCUUGGCAAUAAAUAAAUAGAUGAGCAAUAAUUUCUUAAAGGUAAAUGUGGACAAAACUGAAAUCCUUCUAGUUGGCCCAAAAACAACAAGAGAAAUGCUGUUAAAUAAUCUGCGGAAAUUAACUCCCUGGAUUAAAUCAGAGGUCACAAGUCUUGGUGUUAUCUUAGAUUUAGAUGUAAACUUCAAGUCCCACAUUAACAAAAUGAGGUAAUAAUUUUUCCAAAUUAAGAAACAUAGCUAAAGUACAACCAUAUGUAAAUCAAAAAGAUGCUGAAAAACUGACUCAUGGCUUCUUUUCAAACCGAUUUGAUUACUCUAAUGCACUUACAAAAAAAAAGAGCACAGAGACUUCCACUCAUUCAAAACUCAGCAGCUUGGCCAUUAUCCAGAACCAAGAGGAGAGAACAUAUUAGUCCAGUUUUAUCUGCUCUGCACUGGCUUCCUGUAACAUUUAGAAGUGACUUUAAGGUGGACUAGGGCCAAACUACACUGCUUACUCCAUUGUUAAGUAUUCGUCUUCAAGAACAAUGUGAUCAGCUGCUGCUGGUUUAUUCCCAGCAACAGCCGAAAGAAAGUCGGGGAUGCAGCCUUUGUCAGUUACACACUACGAAGAGAUAUCACAGAAGCCAGCUUGCUAAAUAUUUUUAAAAGAAAGCUUAAGACUAAUCUCUUCACUUAAGCCUUUAAUUAACAAUGAAUGUCCUGAUACAAGCCUGGAAUUCUUUUUUGCACUCUGCUUUGCACUUGUGCACUGCUGCACUUCUUUUAAAAUGCUGUCUUUUACUUGAUUUUAUGCACUUUAUGUAUUCUAUUUUUAACCUUUUUUGUUAAUAAGAAUUAUUAUUAUAAGUAUUCAGUGGGUUUUA